GCUGACGUGGAGCUGAGCCCGGGCCGCCGAGUAGGGCGCAACGCGGAGUGCCGGGGUGCGGCUGGGCUCUCGGAGCCGUGGCCCAGCCGGGAUGGCGAUCCCGUUCGCUCCGAGCCGGGGAGCCGGGGCUGCCAACCUACGCUGGUCAGUGCUGCUGCCGCCCCUGCUGCUCGCGCUGCUGCUCGCGCGGCCCUCGGCGGCCCUGGUGGAGGGACUCUACUGCGGCACGCGGGACUGCUACGAAGUGCUGGGCGUGAGCCGCACGGCCAGCAAGGCGGAGAUCGCGCGGGCCUACCGCCAGCUGGCCCGGCGCUACCACCCCGACCGCUACCGGCCCGAGCCUGGCGAGGAGGGCCCGGGACGGACGCCGCAGAGCGCCGAGGAGGCCUUCCUGCUGGUGGCCACCGCCUAUGAGACUCUCAAGGAUGAAGAAACUCGAAAAGAUUAUGAUUACAUGCUGGAUCACCCAGAGGAGUACUACAGGCACUACUACCACUACUACAGCAGGCGCUUAGCCCCCAAAGUGGACGUGAGAGUUGUGGUUUUGGUCAGCGUGUGCGCCAUUUCAGUAUUUCAGUUUUUCAGCUGGUGGAAUAGCUAUGACAAGACGAUCAGCUACCUGGCCACGGUGCCCAAGUACCGUAUCCAAGCCAUGGAGAUCGCCAAGCAGCAGGGGUUACUGAGAAAAGCCAAAGAGAAGGGUAGAAACAAAAAGUCCAAAGAGGAAGUUCGUGACGAGGAGGAGAGCAUCAUAAAGAACAUUAUAAAAAGUAAAAUAGAUAUAAAGGGAGGCUAUCAGAAGCCCCAGAUCCGUGACCUUCUCCUGUUUCAGAUUCUCUUAGCUCCUUUUCACCUGUGCUCGUAUAUAGUGUGGUAUUGCCGAUGGAUCUAUAAUUUUAACAUCAAAGGCAAAGAAUACGGGGAAGAAGAAAGACUGUAUAUCAUACGUAAAUCUAUGAAGAUGUCAAAGUCUCAGUUUGAUAGUCUAGAAGAUCAUCAGAAAGAAACUUUUCUUAAACGGGAGCUUUGGAUAAAGGAAAAUUAUGAGGUCUACAAACAAGAGCAAGAAGAGGAACUAAAGAAAAGACUGGCAAAUGACCCUAGAUGGAAAAGAUACAGGAGAUGGAUGAAGAAUGAAGGGCCUGGACGGCUGACCUUUGUGGAUGACUGAAGACUGCUGGGAUGCUGCUAUGCCAAACCUUAACUGUGAUACCAUUUUCAUAACUGAAUUAUUUUAGCAAUGUAUUGACUGCACCUCAGCAGCAACUAAAAUUCCUCAAGAAUUAAACAGAAUAAUGUAGACAUUUAAAUUUUCCCUUCAAACUUUAUACAUAAGACAUUUAUGAUUGUUCAAUUUUUAUAAUCGAUUUGUGGAUUUUGUCAAAAGACUUGACAUGAAGAUUUAUUAGUUGCCAUUUAAAAGUUUUAUAUCUUUAGUUAAAAAUUUGACAUGAAAAUUUAUUAGAUACCAUUUAAAAAUACUACGUGUUAAGUGUUUAUUCUUCAAAAGUGUUUCCUUACUCUUUGUUACAGUGAUACAUUUUUCUGCUUUUGUGACCUCUGAUAGUUUCACAGAACGUAAUUAUAACAGCAUUUAAUAACAUUAUUGAGCGUGUCUUUCUAGACACAAACUCCUUCAGCAAAACGAAUUCAAUUAUCAUGUCAUCUUCAUGACAGUCAUUAUAGGAUUGAAAUAAGUUCAAAAUAUCUCUCUGGGAGAGUCUUCUGCUGGGCUGUCUUUAUACUAUCUCCCCCCAGUCAUAAUAUUGUUAAUAAGAUCAGAAACUCUCCAGGAGAGUGAAUGUACCUUCCUGUCCUUGUGGGAUGGUCUUGAUUACAGUCAUUAUAAGACUAUAACUGUGUUCGCAAACAUUUCUCCAGAAGAGGACCUUGUAAGAAGGUCUUUGUGUACCACAGCAUUGCUUUCUUAAUCCUCCCUUCAAUUAAAAAAAAGAAAACAGACAGAGUGGAAGUAGUGUAAUGAAAAGUUCAUAUAUUAUGAAGUCCUUGAUUAGUGAAAAAUCCAUUUUAUGUGAGCAUCUUUACAUGAAUUUAAACCAGAAAGAAGAGGUGCAUGGGUGUGUGCUGUUCUAUCAGACAAUGAAAUGUAAACGUUUUAUACGUGUGGAGGUGACAGUAAUUCACACGUGAUUUGACUGAAUCAUGUAUGAUACAGGAGCAGAGUAUCGAAAUACAUUCAUGGUAGUCGGUCAGUACUCCUGUUAAAAGAUAUAUCCCAGCCCAUCAUAUUAAUAAAAUGGUUGCAAUAUAUCCCAGGUUUGUUGAUAUGCCAUUUUAAGUCAAAGAUUAACAUACUGCUUUUGUAUUAUUUUAAAAGAUGUAGGAUAAAAGUAUAGCAUAGUAGAUAGGCAGAAUCAGUUUCUUCUCAAAGGAAACUAAUCCUUUCAAGAGCUCAGACCAAAUAUCUGACACAUACAAAGACGCAGGAGGGGAAAGUUCACCGCACUUAACAUAGCAAAAGACCUGAGGUGGAUUAUUUAUUUCUGUGAGUGAGGGCUUCAAUUACCUCAUUAGAAAAUUAGGGGAGCAGUCUGCCUAGAUUAUCACUAAGGUCCUUUUGCAGCUCUAAAAUUAUAUUUAUAUUUUUGUAGACUUCAGACGAAAGUGUUUUAUGCAUCCAUCUUUUUUGGGAGGGUGGAGAAGUCACAGCCCUAAAUUAUAGGAAGCUGUGUUUCAAACCCCAAAUGCCCAACUCUUAACCAUAGAUAAAUGCCUUUUAAAGGUGCUGCAGUUGGUCUAUAGAGUCAGUAAUCCCUGUUUCAGUGAACGUGUUAUCAUACAUUUGACACACAACAGUAUUAUCUAAGAAUGAAACUGUGUACCAUAUGUUACGAAGACCAGAAAGAAAUCUAGGUACUUGCCCUUCUGUUAAAACUUCAAAUAAGUUAAUGAUUAACUGUAUUUUUUUUUAAACCUAGUGAUAAGGAAAAAUGAAAAGACUGAAUGUGUUAGCAUUCAUAAAGGUUGACUGAUGAAAACAGUGUAUCUUUGGAUAUUAUUUUGCAUAUAUAUGCUAGAUUGCUGUAUUUUUUUUGGUCUUUAUAUAGGAAUCUCAUUUCUGGAAUUGUUCCUGGCAACCUGCUUACUUGGUAAAAGUUUGGUCUGUCUUUUGGAAUCAUGGCCAUUGCAUGGGUAAGAGGAAGGGACUCUCCUUCACAGGACUGUGAUUCUUCUCUCCCCUUUCCUCAGCAAAAUGGCUUUAUGCUCCAAAACCCUGGAGGAAAGGAAGGGCAAUUAGUUGUAUCCCAAGUGUCAUUCAAGUAUCCUGGGUAUCUUUACUGUCUCCUUACACUGCCCAUCCCCACCAAAAACCCAACAGCUUCUCCAUUUUAGAAACAUCUGGAGAAGAAUCUUGAGUAGGGGAUCCCAGAAUCCCACUAUAGUUAGAAAAUCUUUCUUGAGCUUCAUUUUAGAGCUAUCACCAUUUCCUUUUUACUUGGAAUUCAGGAGUUUACAGAGCAUAGUUGCUUAUUGGUUUCUGUUUAUUAUCACUUAAUGUAAUUGAGGUCUGUGCUAAAACUACCCUUAGAGUUACAUUCACAUCAAAUUUCCUCAUAGCAGAUUCCAAAACUGAUCCUUCCUUCAUUGGUCUAAUUUCUUUAUGAAUUCUCCAAGUUCUACAAAUUGUAGGUUGCAGUUUCAUAACACAUCUAUCAAGUAGGGACCAUGCCUAGAAUUUUAAACACUACAAGUGGUAUAUAGAAAUUUAAAAUAUUACAUGAAAAAAUAGUUCAGUUUACAGAAUUGACAACUAUUUUAGUACUAUUGAAUGUAUGUUUAGAAAAUUGUAGUUUAUUUCCUUUGAGAUUAUUUUUUGGACUGAAAGGGCAGUAAACUUUUUACACCCAUGCCUUGGAAAUAUUUUCCUUGAGUGGAAGCCAACUGCUAAGCUUACGUUCUGCUAAUGUUCUAAACCAGUGAAUUAGCCCCAAACUGAAAGUUCUGUGGAAAUUAAAGAGAAAUGGCUUUUAUUAGACAUUAGUAUGAAUAGGUCUAGCUACUUAAAAGACUUUGUAUUGGACAUGGUCUCUGGAGUUAUAAUUGUGCCCUUGAGGCAGGUAAAUGUUGAUACCUAUAUAAAAUAGUUGUGUAUGGAUGAAUUAUAAUUUUAUUUACAAAAUGUGAUACUCUUCACAUUUAAAUAUGUACUAAGGCCAAAUCUGAACCUUAAUCACUAAAUAAAAUUUGCUAAAGAAAUUAA